ACAAAUACGUCGUUAGCGGGAGUUGUUGUCAUUAUUCGCGCUCUCUCUGAGGCCUCACUGAGCUCGCGUCUAUCCGCAAAGUUUAACAUCCAGUUUUUAGCCCGCUGGUCAUCCGCUGUUUCUUCUCCGGACACGAGGAACGUCACACAGCGCCAGGAUGCAUGUGCUCAAGCGAGAUGGGCGCCAAGAGCGUGUCAUGUUUGAUAAAAUCACGUCUCGCAUCCAGAAGCUGUGCUACGGACUUAACGCUGACUUUGUGGAUCCGGCCCAGAUCACAAUGAAGGUGAUCCAGGGUUUGUACAGCGGCGUCACGACGGUGGAGCUCGACACGCUCGCUGCAGAGAUCGCCGCCACCCUCACGACCAAACACCCCGACUACGCCAUCCUGGCGGCGCGGAUCGCCGUCUCCAACCUGCACAAGGAGACUAAGAAGGUGUUCAGCGACGUGAUGGAGGACCUGUACAACUACAUCAACCCCCUGAACAGACGCCACUCUCCCAUGAUCUCCGAGAAGACGCUCAAGAUCGUUCUCGAAAACAAAGACCGCCUCAACUCGGCCAUCAUUUUCGACAGAGACUUCUCCUACAACUUCUUCGGCUUCAAGACCCUGGAGCGCUCCUACCUGUUGAAGAUCAACGGCAAGGUGGCCGAGCGGCCGCAGCACAUGCUCAUGCGCGUGUCCGUCGGGAUCCACGAGGAGGACAUCGACGCAGCCAUCGAGACGUACAACCUGCUGUCCGAGAGGUGGUUCACCCACGCCUCCCCCACCCUCUUCAACGCGGGCACCAACAGGCCACAGCUGUCCAGCUGCUUCCUGCUCGCCAUGAAAGACGACAGCAUCGAGGGCAUCUACGACACCCUGAAGCAGUGCGCCCUCAUCUCCAAAUCAGCCGGGGGCAUCGGCGUGGCCGUCAGCUCCAUCCGGUCGACGGGCAGCUACAUCGCCGGCACCAACGGCAACUCCAACGGGCUCGUCCCCAUGCUGAGGGUGUACAACAACACGGCGCGUUACGUGGACCAAGGCGGCAACAAGAGGCCCGGGGCUUUCGCCAUGUACCUGGAGCCCUGGCACUUUGACGUGUUCGACUUCCUGGAGCUGAAGAAGAACACGGGAAAGGAGGAGCAGCGAGCCAGGGACCUCUUCUACGCCAUGUGGAUCCCCGACCUGUUCAUGAAGAGAGUGGAGAGCAACCAGGACUGGUCCCUCAUGUGUCCCGACGAGUGCCCCGGGCUGGACGAGUGCUGGGGGGAGGAGUUUGAAAAGCUCUACACCUCCUACGAGAAGGAGGGGAGGGCCAAGCGCGUGGUGAAGGCUCAGCAGCUGUGGCACGCCAUCAUCGAGUCCCAGACCGAAACCGGCACGCCGUACAUGCUGUACAAAGACGCCUGCAACAGGAAGAGCAACCACCAGAAUCUGGGCACCAUCAAGUCCAGCAACCUCUGCACGGAAAUCGUCGAAUACACCAGCCACGACGAGGUGGCGGUGUGUAACCUGGCCUCGGUCGCGCUCAACAUGUACGUCACCUCCGAGCAGACCUUUGACUUUAAGAAACUCGCCGCCGUGACCAAAGUAGUAGUCAAAAACUUGAACAAGAUCAUUGAGAUCAACUUCUACCCGGUGCCCGAGGCCGAGAAGUCCAACAAGCGCCACCGGCCGAUAGGCAUCGGCGUGCAGGGCUUGGCCGACGCCUUCAUCCUCAUGCGCUACCCCUUCGAAAGCCCCGAAGCUCAGCUGCUGAACACGCAGAUCUUCGAGACCCUCUACUACGCCGCCCUGGAGGCGAGCUGCGAGCUGGCCGCCGAGCUCGGCCCCUACGAGACGUACGAGGGCUGCCCGGUCAGCCGCGGCAUCCUGCAGUACGACAUGUGGGAGAAGAAGCCCACCGACCUGUGGGACUGGAAGCUGCUGAAGGAGAAGAUCGCCAAGCACGGCGUGAGGAACAGCCUGCUGCUGGCGCCGAUGCCCACGGCCUCCACCGCCCAGAUCCUGGGCAACAACGAGUCCAUCGAGCCCUACACCAGCAACAUCUACACCCGCAGGGUCCUCUCCGGGGAGUUCCAGAUCGUCAACCCCCAUCUGCUCAAAGACCUGACGGAGAGGGGUCUGUGGAGCGAGGAGAUGAAGAACCAGCUGAUCGGUCACAACGGGUCCGUCCAGGAAAUCGAUGGGAUUCCAGAUGAUCUGAAGCAGCUUUACAAAACAGUUUGGGAAAUCUCCCAGAAGACCAUUCUCAAGAUGGCGGCUGACCGCGGCGCCUUCAUUGACCAGAGCCAGUCGCUGAACAUCCACAUCGCAGAGCCCAACUACGGCAAACUAACCAGCAUGCACUUCUACGGCUGGAAACAGGGUCUGAAGACGGGGAUGUACUACCUGAGGACGAAGCCCGCCGCCAACCCCAUCCAGUUCACCUUGAACAAGGAGAAGCUGAAGGAGGAGUCCGGCAAGGCCGCGGAGGAGAUCAAGGAGCUCAACAUUGCGGCCAUGGUGUGUUCUCUGGAGAACCGGGACGACUGUCUCAUGUGCGGCUCGUAGGCUUCGCUCACCGUGAUUAAACUGAAGCAGUGUUACGAUGCAGUUAAGACAAGACGUCUCAACUAAGCUAACCACUGGUCAGGAUGUUCUGCUUAUUUCAAGUCUUUUUGUACAUAAAUAAAAUAACUUUAAUAAAACUUUUUAUGGUUUGUG